UAGAUUCCCAGUGAACACGUGACACUAUAGAUACAGUUAUAAACGUCGAGUUAUUGUUCAUACAGCAUGUGUUCAGUGAAAUAUCCGAGCCUGAAUGUUUCAUCUCCGCUGUCCGUUUUGCUUUUGUCUCCGUGAAUGGUGAUGCACCGAUUACACAGCCCUGAGGAGAGAUGGUUUGGUUCAUGGAAGGAAUGUGCUUUUUACCUACUUUUCUGGUCAUCUGGUCAUCGAGUACCUUUAUAAUAUCUUACAUCAUCGCAUUAGUUCGACGAGAUGUUGAUAUUAUCCUUCCCUACAUCAGUGAUACAGGGGCUACUCCACCUGAGAGCUGCGUGUUUAGCUUCAUGUCGACAAUCACCGCCUUUGCAGCCUUUGCCACUAUGUAUGCUGAAUAUAAAUUUGUGGAGAGAGUCCAUGAGAAAACCGGUGCCGUGUCCCCUUGUCUGAACAAGGUUUCUUUUGGUUUUGGCAUCAUCUCUUGCGUCGGCAUGUGUUUGGUGGCUACAUUUCAGGAGACAGUGGUGAUGGCAGUCCAUGAUAUCGGUGCUAUAAUAUUCUUCACAUGUGGGGUUACAUACGUUGUCAUCCAGAGUGUAAUAUCGUACCGAGGUCAACCUUACGGAUGCUCUAAGUGGAUGUGCUAUUUCCGUAUGUUCUUUGCUGCAGUGGCUGUUAUAGCAGUUAUACCCACUAUUUUUUGUGCAGUUCCUGUUGGAACAAGCAAACUUCACUGGAAAACUGAUGAUAAGGACUACGCACUUCAUAUGGCGAGUGUUGCGUGUGAAUGGAUCACUACCUUCAGUUUUGUCCUUUUCUUCUUAACGUACAUCAGAGAGUUCCAGGAAUUCACACUGAAACUGACUGUUAAUAUCAUAGAGUAUUCAUGACCAUGACAUCCUACCGUUACAGUAUGUUUUGGAGCGUUUUUAAUAGAAUUGUAUUUUUAUACAACUUACUACCUUUUUCACGUUGAAAGAUCUGCUGAAGUACUGUGUAAUCAUUUGCAGUGUAUGUUUUUAUAGCUUGUAUUCUGGUCUAGAAAAAGGGCAUAAACCUGUACUUGAAAUGUAAUAUACUCUAACCACUUGAUGCCAAACAAUUUUUUCAAGCUGCUUGAUUUUAGUGAUCAACCGAAACAAAAUAGUUAAGCACAUUCUUAUUCGCAUUGCUGUCAAUCAAUCUUCGCUUUGAUUAUAGUUGGAACUUCUUGCUUUGUUUAUGUUGUUUUACUCCAUAAUCAUUCCAGAAAUUCUGUGCAGCUGAAAGUGAGCAACAGGUGUGUUUUAAUCUUGCACUUUAUGAAAUGGAAUUGCUUGCACAAUGUGUGUCUGACUUUGUAAUUGUGAAAUAAAAACAUGUGAUGAUGA